GUCUGUGUCGCUUCCUGGUUCUGCUGGUCACAUAGUGACAGUCAGUGGAGUCAGAAGAAUAUCAGUUCACUCUCAGAAGAAAAGUCAGUGUUCGAUGGCAGAGUGGAGGGAGUGGGUGGGUCCAAGAUGAGUGCUGACACGCUAUUGGAGGAGACCCUGAUCAAGCGGUCUCAGCAGAAGAGGUUGACGUCACCGCUGAACUACAAGGAGAGAGUGUUCGUCCUCACCAAGACCAAGCUCACAUACUAUGAGUUCAGAGCAGAGAAGAGGUUUAAGAAGGGGUCCAUCGACCUGCAGAAAGUCAGGUGUGUGGAGAUCGUGAAGAAUGACGGAGUCAUAUCCUGUCAGAACAAAUAUCCCUUCCAGGUGGUGUAUGACACAAGCACUCUCUAUGUAUUUGCUCCCAGCUAUGAGAGUAGGAGGACCUGGGUCCAAAACAUUAAGGAAGAGAUAAGGGACAACUCUGUGAUCGUUGCUAAGUUCCAUCCUCAGUUCUGGAUGGAAGGCGUGUGGCUGUGCUGUCGUCAGGCAGAGAAACUGGCCCCGGGCUGUGAGGAGUACAACCUGUUUGGAGACCUUUCGAGGAAACUUCUUCCUCCCAUACCUGGAGAGGAGGGCACAGGAAGGUCUCGUCGGCCUCCCCCUCCCCCUCCCCCCCCUCCCGUACACAGCCCUGAUGAUGGUAGUGGUGUCGAGGAGGUUGUGAUAGCUCUGUAUGACUUCUUUGGUCCUGAACCACAUGACCUGACUAUGACCAAAGGAGGAGAAUACGUCAUACUGGAGAAAUGUGACAUCAACUGGUACAAGGCCCGCAACAUAUACGGGAAGGAGGGCUACAUCCCCAGCAACUACGUGACAGAUAAAAAAUUGGGGAACCUGGAACAGUAUGCCUGGUACAGUAAACAUGUCAACCGGAACAAAGCUGAGGAACUACUGCGGACAGAGGAUAAAGAGGGAGGGUUCAUGGUAAGAGACUCCAGUAAGCCAGGCGCCUACACCGUCUCCCUGUACACCAAGUCAGCAGGGGAGGGAGGUGCAGCUAUCAGGCAUUACCACAUCAAGGAGACCUCCGGCUGCCCCAGACAGUUCUACCUGGCAGAGAAACACCUGUUCACCUUGAUACCUGACCUCAUCGAGUACCACAACCACAACGCUGCAGGUCUGGUAGCCAGGUUGAGGUAUCCAGUAGGGAAGGAGAGAUCUGCUCCAUCCACAGCAGGCUUCAGCUACGAGAAGUGGGAGAUCAACCCUUGUGAGCUGACCUUCAUGAAGGAGUUGGGUUGUGGUCAGUUUGGGGUUGUGCGGCUGGGGAAAUGGCGAGCUCAACACAAAGUAGCCAUCAAGGCUAUCAGAGAGGGGGCCAUGUACGAAGAGGACUUCAUAGAGGAAGCCAAGGUUAUGAUGCGUCUCACCCAUCCUAAGCUGGUGCAGCUGUAUGGAGUGUGUACCCACCAGAAACCCAUCUACAUUGUGACUGAGUUCAUGGGACUGGGAUGUCUGCUCAAUUAUGUCAGGCAGCGUCGGGACACCUUCAGCCUGGGGUCCUUACUGAGUAUCUGUCAGGACGUCUCAGAGGGGAUGGAACACCUGGAGGCACACGGCUUCAUACACAGAGACCUGGCAGCGAGGAACUGUCUGGUGAACGAUGCUCUGGUGGUGAAGGUAUCAGAUUUUGGAAUGGCCAGGUAUGUACUAGAUGACCAGUACACUAGUUCAUCGGGGGCUAAGUUCCCAGUCAAGUGGUCUCCUCCUGAAGUCUUCAACUUCUGCAAGUACAGCAGCAAGUCGGACGUCUGGUCCUUCGGUGUGUUGAUGUGGGAGGUGUUUACAGAGGGGAAGAUGCCAUUUGAACACAACCCGAACCACGAGGUAGUGAUGAUGGUGUUAGAAGGACAUCGCCUCUACAGACCCAAGAAGGCCACGCCCAACAUCUAUGACAUCAUGCUGCGCUGCUGGCACGAGAGAGCAGAAGAGAGACCAUCGUUUUCUCAGAUCUCCAUCUUGAUCUCCGACGCUCUAGAAGUGGAUGAGUCCUCCUCUGCCUGAACCCACCAAUCAAAUCCUCUCCUCUGCCUGAACCCACCAAUCAAAUCCUCUCCUCUGCCUGAACCCACUAAUCAGAUCCUCUGCCUGAACCCACCAAUCAAAUCGCAACCACCAGUCGGAUCUCCUCAGAUCCAGUGUUGGAGGACUGCUUCCACACCGUUCUCUGUACUGAUGGAUCUCUCGUGAUGGACGAUUACGGUGGAGUUUGUUAGACAGGAAGUUUGCGUCCAAAUACCAUAUACUGUUUCACCACUUCUAUCCUGUCUGACAGGAAACUGGACAGUCUUCUCAAAACGGAUAUGUUUUAUCCCCCCCCCCCCUUUUCUCCUCAGAACAGCUGAAUACUGAGUGUUCUAAACAUUAAGAACACCUUCCUAAUAUGGAGUUGCACCUCCCCCUUUUCCCCUCAGAACAGCCUCAAUUCGUCGGGGACUCUACAAGGUGUCGAAAGCGUUCCACAGGGAUGCUGGCCCAGGUUGACUCCAAUGCUUCCCACGGUUGUGUCAAGUUAGCUAGAUGUCCUUUGGGUGGUGGACCAUUCUGGAUACACACGGGAAACUGUUGAGGGUGAAAAAAACAGCAGCGUUGGAAGUUCUUGACACAAACCGGUGCACCUGGCACCUACUACCGUACCCCGUUCAAAGGCACUUAAACAUUUUGCCUUACCGAUUUAACCUUUGAAUGGCACAUACACAAUCCAUGUCUCAAUUAUCUCAAGGCUUUACAUUUUUUAAAAAUCUUUAAUCUCCUCCGCUCCAUCUAUACUGAUCUGAAGUUGAUUUAACAAGUGUCAUCAUAGCUUUUCGCCUGGUCAGUCUGUGAUAGGGAGAGAUCAUUCAGAUCCAUCCAUCUUCUCAUCUUUCACAUGUCCUCAAAUCCAGCUGACUUGUACUGUGGACAGACGUUUUUAUAUUUAAAAUGUAAAUGUAUGUUUUUAAUAGAACUGCAGAAGUUUGAAUGUAAUUACAAUAAAAUGAAUGACAAUA